AUGUUAGCACUUUCGUGUACAUUUAUCGGUCUAUGCCUAUUCAUUUUUGGCUCAUUCGGCAAUGGCCUCUGUAUAUUAGUAUUUCUUCGAAGAAACUUCCGCUAUCGUAUUAUUACACCAUUUUUCAUCGUUUUACUAAUAGCUGACUCGAUUUAUUUACUAUUUCGUUUGAUGAAAGUACCUUACUAUCUGAAUACAUUAUUUGAUUUGCCCCGCAACAGCACGAGUAAUUCCUGUUCGCAAACAUUCCUCGUUCGAAUAUUCGCCUAUGCGACUCAAUACUGGCCCCAGGCAUUUGUACCGUUCAUUCAACCUGAAAUCUAUUUACGGUUUUCAUUAAUCUUGAUGUCAAUUAUGUCUGUUCAACGAACGGUAUUCAUCAAACGCUCGUUGAAACUUCAAAUCUUACCGACAACAUACACCGAUAAAUACAAAUACAAAGGAACAUUCCUCAUCAUUUUUCUCACAUUUUUUCUUGCUUACGCUUUUCAAUUCGGCGGAUUAACUCUAUUCUGUUCGAAAUCCGUCAGCCGAGAUCGAAGCUACGACUGGUUUGUUUACAUGAAUCGACGAAUGAACAAUGUUACACACAUGCUACUGAAUACAAUACCCAAGCAUUCGAAUGAUUAUCAAUGCGUAUCGUAUGCCGUGGAAAGAUUACAAAAAAGUCAAAUAUUAUUUACAGAAGCCAAUCGAACCUGUGCGAAAGGAGAUUUAAUGAACAUUCUGUCAUUUUAUUUUGACCAACACGAUAGAUCAGUUGUGAAAUUAAUACAAAGAAUUAUAUUUUCCAAAACAGGACACAACAUUUCACGGAAUGAUGUCUACCGAAAAUACCACUUUCAUGAAUGUCUUUUUCCACAAGAACCGAACUUCUUCGACCGGGCGUUCAAUUUCAUCUAUAGUCGAACAUUUGAUUUCAAUCGGUAUACACUCAUCUUAGUCUUCGGAAGUAUAGUUCCAUCAUUAAUAACAAUCAUGAGCAAUAUGAUAUCAGUCUAUCGUGUUCAGGAAUUGAACCGUUUGACAGCAGGUUUAAUUAUCCAAUGUCGACGUCGAACAGAUGACACAAGACGAAUAUUAAUUGUGAUUACGGUCGAAUGUUUAUUUGCAAUUAUUAAUUCCUGGUUUGGUCAAAUCAUUCUCUCAUUUAUUUAUUGUAAAAAGAAAUUUCUAGCCGGUGAUGAUUGUCCAGGAUUUCUAAGUGAAACCUACGGUCUAUUAAUUACUUUCGAUCUACUUAAUUCUUCAUCCAAUAUUAUCUUGCACUGCUUAUGCGGACGACGUUUCCGUGACGAGCUCCGUCGAAUGAUUCUCUCAUGGUUAGCGUUCUUUCGAUGUUUAUUCCAACAUCUCUGGUGUUGCUAUUUCCAUAUUUCUUGUACAAAAGUACCCGACGAACAAUACGUUGCUUACAAAGUAAACACCACUCGAGGAGAAAGCUCGAACAGUUCAAGUCAUAAUCAAAUAUUUGUUAAUAUUCAACCGGCGUCAACCAAUCCAUGUAAUACAUGUUGUGACUGUCGAUGGUACUGCCACCGGAAACCUUUGACAACAUCUCAGCAUUUAUCGCCGAAUGAUCAAACAAAUAAUGAAACACGAUACACACCGGUUACACAACAAACAUAUACGGCUAGACAAACACAGCCGAGUUCAUUACGACUUUACUAUGCGUCAAAAUAG